AUGUCUACCAUACUCUUAUUUGACGUCGAUGGGACUUUGACAAAGCCUAGACAGGUGAGAACACCAGGAAGUAUAAAAUUAGUGUUCAGAAUAUUUCAACGGAUCUCAAGGACUUCUUAGUCGGCGUGGGUAAGACUGUGGACAUUGGAGUGGUUGGAGGAUCCGAUCUGAACAAAGUCGUGGAGCAACUCGGUUCAGAUCUUGAACUACUGAAAACUGAACUAAGUUAUAUUUUCACCGAAAAUGGGUUAGUUGGGUUCAAAGGGGCUGAGCAGCUACCAACAAUGGUAACUUAUCUGGCUUUUGUUUAAACCGUUUUAGUCAAUAAGAGACAAGCUCGGUGAGGAAAAACUUCAGGAUGUGGUCAACUUCUGCCUUGAUUAUAUCGCGAAAUUAAAGAUCCCGAUCAAACGAGGAACUUUUGUCGAGUAUCGAAAAGUAAGUUCCGAUCUGACUAAAGUUGUAUGGCAGGGUAUGCUUAAUGUUUCUCCGAUCGGUCGGAAUUGCUCUCAAGAAGAACGUGAGGAGUUCAAUAGAUACGACCUCGUUCAUGGGAUCAGAGCUGAUUUUGUCAAAGUAUUGAAGGAGAGAUUCAGUGAUUAUGGUCUGACGUUUUCAAUUGGUGGUCAGAUAAGCAUUGACAUCUUCCCUAAUGGAUGGGAUAAAACUUUCUGUUUGCAAUAUUUGGAAAGAAAAUACGAACGCAUACACUUUUUUGGCGACAAAACUGCUCCGGUAAUUAUAUCUGAGUGAAUUAUAGUUCGACGUUUUAGGGUGGGAAUGAUUAUGAGAUCUACGAAGACAAGCGUACUAUUGGCCAUACUGUAACUAGCCCGGAAGACACCAAACAUAAGGUAACCCAGUUAUUAUCGGAGUUAAAAACAAAUAAGUUUAUAUAAUACAAGGCUCGUGUAAAGCGUAUCAAAUAA